CGCAGACAACCUGCAUCCAACAUUGUUACGAGGGUACUGAGGCCACAACGGGAACAUGAAGUAUAGCCCAAGCAUGCGCGCAAUUCUCUUAUCGGCAGUCGCCCUGCUCGCCGUCGUGCGCGCGGAGGAGGCGCCAUGUACCGCCCAUGACGGCGAUGACUACUACGACCUGAGUCCCCUCAAGUCGAAUAAAGACUACGAGUUCAAGUCGCCCGACGGCAAGGAUUUCGUCCUGAAUGUCUGCAAGCCUGUGAACCAUGAUGUAUGGGCCCCGAAGGUCGACAAUCCCGAGAAUGUCGCUGGAUUCACCCGUCAUGAUCGUGGCGACUUCUCUAUUGGAGAAACAAACACGACGCUGACAGUCCAGAAUGGGCACCCCAUGCUAGUCAUGACCAAUGGGUCUCCUUGCCCCGGCGCAGAGUCGACGCGAGGCUCUACGGCUAUCCGAUUCAUAUGCGAUACUUCGGUGUUUGAAGCAGGCAAGCCUGAUAUUGUGGCGCAAUUGCCACCGGACGACGACUCUGCAUGCGCAUUCUUCAUGGAGUGGCGGACCCAUGUCGCCUGUCCUACGCAUGAGAAAACAGGCCGCAUAGGAUUUCUGACCGUCCUCGCAGCUAUAUUGACGACUGCGUUCAUGCUUUACAUCAUUGUGGGAACCUUCUACAAACGUUACGUACUGGAGUUGCGAGGGUUCGACCAAAUUCCGCGGCUCUCGAUCAUCUCGUUUAGCGGGACCAUGACAUGGGUGCGCGAUCGCAUCGACCACAUCAGGGAUCGGUCAAGCGGCGGGGGACGUAGCGGCGGAAGCGGCUAUAGGGGAUUAGGUGGGGAAGAUGAGCCGAUGAUGCAUGGCCCGCCAGGGUACCUGGACGAGCAGGACGAAGAUGAAGCGCAUGAUCUGGAGGCGCAGACGGGCAGUGAGGGCGCACGACCUGCGGCACUCUGCCACUUCACGAUGGCAUCUGGUGACCCGGGUGAGAUACACUGCGAUGAGCCGGAGAGGCUGAGAGAUCGUCGGGUAUCGGAACACCGGGACGCCUGGGUAUCGAUGCGGACUCUGUGUGUGCCCUGGGCAAGGGCGUGUUGGGGGGGUCCUCGAGGCUCGCGCUGCGGGGGUGGGGUCAUCUUCGCGCCUGUGAUGGAGCACGAUAAGGACGGUGCGAUGACUGUGUUGUGUCCUGGGCACAGAGGGCGACGAAGACACAAUUAUUUGUACGCUCUCUUUGGAGGCGGAUUGUUUGGAGGCAGCCGGGGCAGUUGGCAGGGUCGAGGGGACAAUAGGCUGCCAUGGCUGCAGCGACGUCGGGGCGGAGGCAAUCGCGGGCGCCUGUACGACGAAGACAUGGGUGGCAUACACUCCGCAGAGAACCUCGCUAAUACAAGGAAAGAGGCCACGCGCAGACAGCGAAUUGAGGCAGAGCAGCGGCGUCGGGACGAGCUCCGGGACGGGUACGCUAGACUAAAGGAUGUUCUUCCGGUCUCCAAUCAGAAGAGCAGCAAGGUCUCUCUCCUAGAGCGAGCGUGCAAUCAUAUCACUGCCCUCGAAAAGUCUAACAGACAAAUGCAAGCGCGCCUUGCCCAGGUAGAGUCGGAAGUUGGACGACUUCGCUCGCUCAACGAGAAGAUCUCUCUCGGCGUCGGUAACACGCCGUCCCCCGGGCAGGUCAAUAUGGACUCUCGACCGCUGUCGCCCCCGCCUGAGGAAACCAAGGUUCCGGCGCCGCAGCAGCAACAUCAGCUCACCUCUGUUGCCGGACAAGAGCCGCUACGGGAAGAUUCAGACAGUCCGGCCGCCUCGGAGGCAGACUUCUGA